AUGUCCUACAGCAGACGCGACUUCCGGGACGAAUACCCACCCCGUCGACACCACCACCACACCCCGGCCUACUCCGAUUACAGCAGCAGGGCAUCCGACUACAGUCCGACGCGGGACCUCGGAGCUGUCACUCACACGCACCAUGCGACAACCAGGAGGAGUCAAGAUGACCUUUACGAAAUAGAAAGAAACAGGCCGCGCGCAAGAGAUCUUAACCGUGGAUACGAAGAACAGCGCCCGCACCCGCGGUCGAGAUCCAACCAUGAUACAAAACACCGCCACGGGCACGAAAGCCACCGCGACCACGGUAGAAGCAGCAAGAGGAGGUCUUCAAGCUCGGGAGCCAACUUGACCCAGGCGGCCGUCGCGGCUGCCAGCGCAGGCAUCAUCGAGGCAGGCCUGGCGCGGCAUGACAGGGACAGAACCGCCAGGGUUCUGACGGCGGCAGCUGGUGCGGGCGCCAUUGAUGCCGUCGCGGCAAGGAAACACGAGAAGCCGCACAGGCAAUGGGAGCACGUCGUCGGCAGCACGGUGGGAGGUCUUGUCGUCAACCGUGUCGCUCACGGGUCCCGGCGACAUCACUGA